GUGGGUUUCAAAAACAUUUUUUAGAAAAAAUAUCAAUUAAUAUUGUGCUAGAAAUAUGAAAUCGGAUUUUCUGCAACUGUAUUAGUAUUUGAGCAAAUUUCCGUAAAAGCAGUUCAAAUCGCCGCAAAUUUCUCGAAAGGUAAUCGGUAGCACGAUAUCAAUGGUUUGAGCUCAUGUUCAUUUCCCCUCUGACAAUAAAGACGUUUGUUCCUAGAAUGUAUGUCCUGGGGCGUUCCUUCUAGGAUCAAAUGGACAAGGCUGCAGAUAUACUACCCAGAGAUACUUCUACGUAUCAAAGGGUCGCUAUAGAAUUGAAUAUGAUACGAUAAUCAUGGAUGUCGUCGGGAAUAGAAGAUUUUCCGGUCGCGUUUUAAUUUGGAGAACCUACUGGAGAAUUAUGGAGAACCAGAAAGGAAUAGUUGGAGAGUUAAAUGGGAUAGAGAGUGAAGGUGACAUGAGACACUUCAAAUGGAGGCACAAGCGGCAUCAAACGUGUGUAAAAAAUUGUCUGCACAAAGGACCGCCCAAACCUGGACAUUGCCCCACAAAGGACACUCAAGUUUCCCUGUUUGCACUAGUUUGCAUGAACACCUGUGAAACAGAUUCUCAGUGCGAAGGAAUCACAAAGUGUUGCCAUCACAGCUGUGGAGUAACUUGUCAAACACCUAUUAAUUUGAAUAAUUUUGAAGGCUUACCAAUUACGCCCAGAGAACCCAGAGUGAUCGAAGGCCGUCGAAAACGAACCGUUCACAUAGAAUGGUCCUCACCAGACGAAAACCCUGCUGGCUUCGAAGAAGAAAAACUCCUCUAUCUUAUCGAAGAACGACAUCACCCUGGCAAAUAUUUCAACUCAAAUCGGUUGUCAGAAUGGAGUCCUUGCUCUAAAUCAUUUAAAACCAAUCGCUUGCUGAAACAUUUGGUAAAACCUGGAAGGUGGUAUCAAUUUAGGGUGGCAGCUGUUAACGAAAAUGGUACCAGAGGAUAUUCAGAGAACUCGUUGCCGUUCAGGAUAUCAUCAACUCCAAAACCACCAAAAGCUCCACAAAAUGUGACGGUGGGGCCUCUAAUAAAAAGUAAUGGUAGUUUAAGUGCUGUUUUAAGAUGGUCGCCUCCAGAGUCUGAUCUGCCAAUACAAAGAUACAAGGUAUUUUGGAGUAAGAGGCUACAUGGAGCAAAAGCCUUGGAUUCAGUUCUUGUACAUCAACAAGUCUUACCCAAGGAUACAACAGAAUUUCUACUACAAGAUCUGCAACCUAAAUCGCAGUAUUUUUUGCAAAUACAAGGUCUCUUGCAAUAUGGUAAAGAACGACUAAAAGGCGAGAAAUCUGGAUUAGUACUGAACACUACAGAUUUUAUUAAUGAACAAGACAACGCUCUGAUCUUAGACAAGUCCAACAGUAACAAAAUCGACGGUUUGCGAAUACUUAAGUUGGUAUGGAACAAAGGAACUCUGAAAGCCAGAAUAGUUUGGAACCCUUCAAGUGAUUUGUCAAAAUAUACAGUUACUUGGUGGUCGAGUUCGUCUGAUGGCCCAAUGAACGCUUUCAAUCAUUUUAAAUUCGCUGCUAUGACAAAGGCUAACUAUUUCGACUUAUUCGAUCUACAAUUUAAUUAUCGCUACAAAGUGAGUGUAAAAAGAGUGAAUCUGAAUGGAAAAAAAUCGAUACAAGAUACUUUUGUGACUUUUACUACCCCCAAGUGCAGUGAGUUUAAAAGAAAUCAUAAGAAAAUAAAAUGUAUAUAAAGCUUGAUUAAACUAAAAUUAUUAUUGUGAUAAUAUUAUUUUCUGGCGAUAACUAUCCCUAUUAGUUUUUUAUUACAUAAUUUUUACCUGGAAAAAAUAUAUUUAUAACGAAAAUUGUGUAACGAGUUUAUACUUUUAUGAAUUUAUAAUAAUAUACAGUGCCUUUAUAAAAAGUAUCUUGUGCCGCACGGAAUACAUUAAGGGUGAGAUUACAGAACGUCUGCAACUUUUCAGAUUUGCAAAUAUGGCGGCAAAUAUCAAGUUUUCGAAUUCCAAAAAAUAUCUGCAAAUUCGUAAUAUUUAUUGUAGUUUAUUGCCCCCAACAACACUAAACCCAAAUCCACCCUUAAGGAGGUUAGAACAUUCUACAAAACUUGCAGAUUGUCAAUUUUUAUUUUACUUUUUUUAAUAACUAUGAAAUCUUUUAUUCCUUUUGAUUGAAUACAGUUCGUUGUGUCAGAUUAUCGAGUUUUUAACACUGAACUCUAUACUGUUACAGUUCAGUGAAUUUUAAACAAAGUAAUGGCUUUGGGUUUAGUGUUCUAAGUCCGCCAUAUUAGCAGAUCUACAAAGUUACAAACGUUCUGUAAUUUCAUCCUUAGUAUGUAGGUUAUAUAAGUUUAUUCCAG